GUGGUCGGUGUGUUGUGUGUGGCUGUGGUGUGCGAGUGUGUGUUUGUGCAACGCUGUGUGGAAAUUAACGUAGUGUGAAGAAGUUGCAAAAACGACGACGAAAAUUGAAAAUUGAACUGAAUCAAAGACGCAGCAGCGCUUCUUUCAAGCAGCUGCCACAACGGUAAAUGCGACAUCAGCGGAUUCUUGAGACGAACACACGAGCGAUUCCAGCGUAAGACAUGGAGGAGAAACGCAUAGCGGAUUACUUUGUGAUUGCCGGAAUGCCCGAGCAGCCACAGCUGCUCCAGGAGAACAUAUUCAAUGACUCGGGCCGUCUGCGUGCGGCCAAUACAAUUGAGCCCAUCACAGACAUUGGCGUCUUCUUUCCGCUCCUCGGCGAACAGAUUCCCGAUGGCUACGAGCUGCUGGAGCACACGCCCACUGGACUGCCAGCAAACCUCAAUCAUGGCUCCGUCCGCACCACUGAAUGCUACAUAUACUUUCGACGCGGCAAGGAUCGACCGCCGCUAGUGGAUAUCGGUGUGCUCUAUGAUGGUCACGAGCGCAUCAUGUCGGAUGCGGAAAUAGUGGCCGAGACGCCCGGCGGCCGUGUGGCCAACGUGAACAACUCGUCGGCGAAAACAUUUCUCACAUAUCGUCGAGCCCGUCCAGACAUGCCCUGCAACGAGCUGGUGGUCACCGAACUCUGCGUGAUCGUCCAGAGCAAAGGGGAACGACCGCCGCACGCCUUCUGUCUCAUUUACAAGACGCUGAACAAGGGCUAUGUGGGCAGCGAUGUAUACCUGUGCUACAAGAAGUCCAUGUACCGUCCCAAGCACAUUAGCUACAAGCCGGAAAUAUUGCUGCGCUAUCCCACCGUCGACCACACGGACUUUCCGCUCAACCUCUGUCCGAGCGUGCCCCUCUUCUGCCUGCCCAUGGGCGCCAGCCUGGAGGCCUGGCCCCACGUCAAUGGCACCGAGAAACGGAAGCCCAUCAGCCCUGUGUUCAGCACCUUUGUACUAACUGUGAGCGACGGCACCUACAAGGUGUACGGCUCGGCGCUCACAUUCUACGAGGAUUACGAUGAGUCGCUGCUGUCCGCGGAGCAGCGCGAGCUGCUCGGCUGGGAUGAGGAGUUUGCGGCCCAGCACUCGCUCCACAUGAUCAAGGCCAUCUGCCUGCUCUCGCACCAUCCGUUUGGCGACACAUUCGACAAGUGGCUGAAAUAUUUACACCGGAUGGUCGUGUAUGGCGUCAAUAUACCGAUACCCGUGGAGCGCUACAUUAUCCAGCUGCUGGACGAGGUGCCCUUCCCAGCGCCCAGCAUACACCUGCAGCUGUCGAGUGAGUCGAACGACCGGAUUCUGCUCACGCAGCCAGAGGACUCACCACUGCCGCGCAGCGGCGCCGGCUUCCACAUGCUCCUCCAGAACCUGGGCACCGACAACUGCCUGCACGUGCUCCUCUUGGCGCUCACCGAACAAAAGAUACUCAUACACUCGCUCAGGCCUGCAACUCUGACUGCCGUCGCUGAGGCGAUUGUCUCGCUACUCUUUCCGUUCAAGUGGCAAUGCCCCUACAUACCGCUGUGCCCGCUGGGCUUGGCCGAAGUGCUGCAUGCGCCGUUGCCUUAUUUGAUUGGCGUCGACUCGCGCUUCUUCGAUCUGUACGAGCCGCCCACGGAUGUGACCUGCAUUGAUCUGGACACCAACAACAUCAGCCUCUGUGACUCCCAGCGCCAUUUGACGCCCAAGCUGCUGCCCAAGCGCGCGGCUCGACUGCUGCGACAGACGCUCACCGAGCUGGAGAACGCCAAGCCCAUCAGCUACGACUCGACCAACAGCUUGGAUCGGGACAUACGCAAGCGCAAGCGUGAGCUGGUGCUGGAGCAGCGCAUCCAAGAGGCAUUUCUGCUCUUCAUGGCGUGCAUAUUGCGCGGCUAUCGUGACUAUCUGGUGCCCAUUUCAAAGGCACCCUCUGUGGGCGCCACGGAUCCGAGUGCCUUAUUCCAGCUGAAAGCUUUUCUGCGCUCGCGGGACAAGUCGCACCAGAAAUUCUUUGAGCUGCUGAUGAAAACUCAAAUGUUCAUCCGGUUCAUCGAGGAGCGCAGCUUUGUCUCCGACGGAGAUCACGGCCUGAGCUUCUUCGACGAGUGCGCCGAGAAGGUGACGGGCUACGACGAGACGCCCGGGCAGCUGCGUCUGGUCGACUGGGACACGGGCCAGAGCAGCGAGCGCACCAAGUACAUCUUUCCGCCGGACAAUGUGUCCGUGGCGUCCGGCGGCGCCUCCAGCUACGUGUACAAGAACUUCACGCUACGGCCGGAGCUGCUGCAGAGCACCAAGAAGACGGCGCUGUCGCAGUUCCUGCAGCUGCAGCUGAACGCCUCGCUGUCGCCCGGCUCACCGAUCGCACGCCGCACCAAGCACGAGGUGAAGCUGUCGCAGAAGAUGGCCAGCCGCUGCCAGCAGCAUCCGGAGGCGUGGUCCAAGUACCUGCUGGCCACCUGCUACUCGCUGUACUUUCUGAUUCUGCCCUCCAUGGUGAUGGACACGCGGCACGCGGGCAAGGAGCACGACAUCCUGCGCGCCGCCUACGACGUCCUGGUGCGCGCCAGCAAGCUGAAGAUCACCUGCGACGAGUUCUGCUACCGCAUCAUGAUGCAGCUCUGCGGCAUCCACAAUCUGCCGGUGCUGGCGGUGCGCCUGCACUACCUGAUGAAGCGCUCGGGCGUCCAGCCGAACGCGCUCACCUACGGCUUCUACAAUCGCUGCGUGCUCGAGUCGCAGUGGCCCAGCGACAGCACCACGCUCAGCCAGAUCCGCUGGAACCGCAUCAAGAACGUCGUGAUGGGCGCGGCGCAGUUCCGUCGCGCCGGCAAGCGCCGAGCCGCCGCCAAGGUGUGCAAGUCCCUCAGCUCCUCGCACGACCACAAUCUGAGCACCCUGGAAAUGGUGGACGGCCAGUCGCGCAGCAGUCUGGCCAGCUCCGGCGAGGGCGGUGGCGGCGGCGGGGGGCUGCUCGACUUCGCCGCCUUCGACAGGCUGCGCAACAAGCUGGGCAGCAUUGUGCGCCAGACGGUGGCGGGCGGCACUGCGGACGCGCUGCCCACCGAGGACGUGGUCAACAGCGCUGGGCUGCUCAUCAGCGGCGAGUCGGCCUCCAACAGCGCCAACGGCAGCACGCCCCUCACGCCCACCUACGGCGGCGACGCGCAGCUGCUGAACAAGCCGCGCAAGCAGAUCAUGAGCAUCGGCGACGGCGAGGACGACGACGAGGACGAGGACCAACAGGCCGAGCACGCGGAGCUGUCGGCGCCGCAGACGCCGCAGAAAGGCAAGCAGGACAUGGAGUUUGCUGGCGGCGACUACGACCUGGACGUGGACGUGGAUGUCGAUGUGGAUGUCGAUGUGGAUGUGGAUGUGGACGAGGAGCAGGAGCAAGAUGAGCUCGACGAGCAUGCGGGCGCACAUCAGGCCAGGCAGCGUGUGCAGAGCCCCACCAAAAUUUCGCCACGUACCCCCGUCACCCAGAACGAUCCGCUGGGCGCCUUGAACGAGGAGGACGCCACGCCCACACAGCAGCCAGAGGCACAGCCAGAGAUGGCAGCAACCACAGCAGCAACCGCCAAUAGCAACAUGUACAGCGACAAGCCGAUCCUGUUCCGGGGCCAGCGCAGCGCCACCUUCGACGAGUCCACGCAGAUCGGCAAGAGCAUGCACCGCUCCGAGACGAUGCCCGUGGCCAGCAGCGGCGUCACCCACAGCCUGGCCAACAUUGGCUCCUCGCUCAAAUUCACAUUCGGGUAACUAAGUCGCAGCCAAACGCGAAACCGACGA